AUGCCCCUGGAGGCUCCUCCGCCUCUGGGAGGUCCACUGAGGGCCCUGUUGCCCCUGGGAGGGUCCCUUGGGGCACCACCGCCCCAUAAAUGGUCCCCUGCGGCGCCACCGCCCCAGGAUGGGCCCCUGGGAGUACCAUCACCCCUGGGAUACCCACUGACGGCGCCACCGCUCUUGGGAAGGCCCCUGGGGGCGCCACAGCCCCUGGGAGGACCCCUAGAAGCGCCACCACCCCUAAGGCGAGCCUCUGGGGGCGCCGUCGCACCUGGGAGUUCCCUUCGGGGCACCACUGCCGCCCCUGGGGGCGUCACCGUUCCUUGGAGGGCCCCUGUCGGCGCCACCGCCUCUGGCAGGGCCCUAGGAGGGCCCCCGGGUGCGCCACCGCCCCUGCGAGGACCCUGA